AUGGGGUUGAACAUUGUGACUAAUCCCUUUGGAAUUCCAGCUGAACCGUUAUCUGGCGUACAAUAUGCUUCUCCAGUGACAGCUAUAAAUUCUGUUUUGUUUGAUAAAGUAGAUUCGAUAUUCAGUUAUAAAUCUGCAGUCGAGGCAGAUCUUUUUGAUAGUGCUUUGAAAAAGUGGUUAUCAAAGCCAGGAUCACCUUAUUUUAUGGAAACCCAGGUUAGGUCGGGGGCUGGGCUAAUUCCUUUAGGGUUUAGUAAUGGAAAGCAUGGUUUGGCGAGUAUUAUCGCACCAGGAUAUGCAUUAAGUUACUUUGUACCUUCUUUUAAGAGAUAUCAUGGUGCAGAGACAAGUUUUGCUUUCAAUGUUGGAACUUUCGGGUAUGAUGAUACAACUGGUGAAAUAGUUAGUGAUUAUAUUGGUCCACUAAAGGCUGCUUCUGAAUUAGGUUAUCCGUUAGUGAUUCCUCUCUGUCCUCAAGAGAUAAAGAAUACAACGUUACUCACGUUAUUAUUGGCUAAAUAUGGCACUGAUCUGGGUGCUAUCCAGCUAUUUGAUGGUCCUACUUAUUCCAGGUCUAUUUUAAAGCUUGAAACAGGUGAUAAUGGUGAUAAUACUAUAGAAUCGUUCGAUUUGGAUUCUGGAUCUUCUUUUGAACAGAUUUUGCAGAGGUUCAAUGAAGUAUCUGGAGCCAAUAUUGGUAGUUUUGAAUAUGUCGGUGAUAAAACAGCAGAAACCGUUUUUGUUGUCACUGGGUCUGUAGAAAGUGCUUUGUUCACCAAUACUUUAAAGGGGGUUGAAGCCUCUGGGCUAGGAGUGCUUACUGUUAGGAUUCCACUUCCAUUUGAUCAACGGCUUUUUGCUUCAAUGAUACCAUCUUCUGCUAGAAAUAUAAUUGUUAUUGGCCAAUCCCUUGACAAUUCUCCAUCUUGGUUGAAGUGCACAGUGGCUACAGCUUUGUUCUAUCAAGGCGUUAAGAAUGUCAAAGUAUCUGAGUAUAUAUACCAGCCAUCAUUCAUCUGGUCUCCAAAGGCAGUUGAAGAUAUUAUACGCACAUUCUCCGCAUCCUUCAUGGUACCAAUAUCUGAGAUCGUAGAUAAAUUUAUUUACUGGGCCCCAGAUUGUAGCAAGGAGUUAGACGUUUCCUCUAGAUUGGUUCACAGCUUGUCUUUGGUCGAUGGAUAUGACACUACAUUGCGGACUAAAUUUGAUAAUAUUAGUAAUGCAGGCUUGUUCCAAGCUCAAUUUUCGACCUUCCCGACAGAAGUGCCUCAAGUUAUUUCGAAUAUUGAUGUUGCUGACAUUGGUGUUGUUUCUGACAUUUCGGUCCUUCAAAGCUUAGAUGUUACUGCUAAUAUCAAGGACCGUGGUACUAUAUUAAUUGUAUCAAAAACCUCAUUAAAGGAAAAAGAUUUGACCCAAGAGACCACUCUCGCAAAAGAUCUAAAGCUUCCAUUGAGCUUCAUUAACUCUGUUAAAAAAAAAGAUAUUAAAAUAGUAUUUAUUGAUGCAGAAACUAUUGGCGAUAGAGAGGAGACUAAAGGUCGUACGUUGUCAUUUGUUAUGCAAGCUGUAUUUUGGAGAUAUGCUUAUGGGUUGGAACUUGGAGAGAGCGUGAAAAGAAUUUGGAAUUCUUCUGGACAAUAUAUUGAAUUGUUGGCUGCGGUAUUAUCAGAUAUGUUAGCUGAUGCAUUGGCAGUGGGGUUGUUCGAAGUGUGUGGCAGUUCAAUUUCUAUUAGUGCCACAGGAAAUGAAGUCGAGGAACCAAAGAGUGAAAAUGGUGAGGGGCAGGAAAAUAAACUUCCAAUAUUUCUUAAGGAAUCUUCCUUCGUACCAAAUCCCCGAGAGGUGGCAGAUCAUUCGGAGACUAAUGUGGGAAGUAUUAUUAACGUUUCGAAAGGGUUUGUUUUUAAAGAAGCAUAUGGUGCUGAGGUAGCUCUAAGGCCGGACUUACCUGUCAAGAGUUAUAUUGUGAAAGUUAAAGAAAAUAGGCGUUUAACCCCUGAGGAUUAUGACAGGAAUAUCUUUCAUAUAGAAUUUGAUAUUACUGGCACUGGUUUGAAGUACGGUAUUGGAGAGGCUUUAGGAAUCCAUGCUAGGAACAAUGAAGAGUCAGUUAAGGAAUUCCUCAAAUAUUAUGGUCUUUGUGAAAACGAUGUCAUCGCUGCUCCAAAUAAUUCUAAUCCAGAAAUAUUGGAGUCCAUUUCUGUCCUGCAAUUAUUUAGGGAUAGGUUGGAUUUACUUGGUAAACCUCCCAAGAAGUUUUAUGAAUCCUUAGUCGAGUUUGCUACAGAUGAAACUGAAAAACAAAAACUGCAAGAUUUAGUCACUCCAGCUGGUGCGGCUACGCUCAAAAAUUAUCAGGAAGUUGAAUAUUAUACCUAUGUAGAUAUCCUUGAGUUAUUUCCAUCAGCACGACCACCGUUGAAAGAUUUGGUUAACAUGAUAUCUCCACUAAAGAGAAGAGAAUACUCAAUUGCUUCUUCGCAAAGAGUUCACGAAAAUGAACUACAUCUAUUGAUAGUCGUAGUCGAUUGGGUGGAUCCGCGUGGCAGGAAAAGGUACGGCCACGCUUCGAGGUAUUUGUCAAAAUUACUUGUUGGAACUGAGCUGGUAGUCAGCGUUAAACCAUCUGUAAUGAAAUUACCACCAUCUCCUGAACAGCCAGUUAUAAUGUCUGGUCUAGGAACUGGAUUAGCGCCAUUUAAAGCGAUUGUUGAAGAAAAAUUGUGGCAGAAACAACAAGGCCAUGAUAUUGGUGAAGUGUACUUGUUCCUUGGCUCUAGGCAUAAAAGAGAAGAAUAUUUAUAUGGUGAGUUAUGGGAAGCCUACAAAGAUGCUGGUAUUAUCACACAUAUUGGUGCCGCAUUUUCUAGAGAUCAACCUCAAAAAAUCUAUAUUCAAGACCGAAUUCGAGAAGUUUUAGAUAAAUUGAAAACAGCUAUGAUCGACAAACGUGGAUCGUUUUAUUUGUGUGGACCUACAUGGCCUGUCCCUGAUAUUAGCCACGCAUUACAAGACAUUAUUGCAGCUGAUGCUAAAGAAAAAGGUAUUCAAGUAGAUUUGGAUAAUGCGAUUGAGGAAUUAAAGGAGACUUCAAGAUAUAUUUUGGAAGUCUAUUGA